AUCAGAGGCGCCAGCAAUUUCUGUUCGCGUUGACGAAGAAAAGAGGGGGAAAGAAAAGUGGAUGUUCCCACUCAAAACCGCUGCAAUCAAAACCGGCGGUGUCCAAGAAAGCCGGUAGUUUUCUCUCUCCUCUUCAAUAUCCGCGCCUCACCUUUUCCUGUAAAUAUCCACUUGGCCUGAGCUGUAUAAAUAGCCAUGAGCGCCAAUGGCAUCUCCAACGAAGAAAUUCGACUGUUGAAUACAGAUCGAAAGCUCUCCUAGUUCUUAGCUAUCUCCCCAUCCCUAUUUUCUCCAUCGUCUCUUUCGUUGGGUGCUGAAGAUUAAAAUGGCUACUGCUGGUCAAGUCAUCCGUUGCAAAGCUGCUGUUUCAUGGGAGGCAGGCAAGCCAUUGGUGAUUGAAGAGGUUGAGGUGGCACCACCCCAAGCCAUGGAGGUCAGGGUGAAGAUCCUCUUCACUGCUCUCUGCCACACCGAUGUCUACUUCUGGGAAGCAAAGGGACAGAAACCUUUGUUUCCUAGAAUCUUUGGCCAUGAAGCUGGAGGGAUCGUUGAGAGUGCUGGUGAAGGUGUAACUGACCUUAAACCUGGCGACCAUGUCCUCCCUGUCUUCACUGGGGAAUGUGGUGAAUGUGUUCACUGCAAGUCUGAAGAGAGUAACAUGUGUGAUCUUCUGAGGAUCAACACUGACAGGGGAGUGAUGCUUGCUGAUGGGCAAUCAAGGUUCUCCAUUAGAGGGCAGCCCAUCUAUCACUUUGUUGGCACCUCCACCUUCAGUGAAUACACAGUUGUGCAUGCAGGUUGCCUUGCCAAGGUCAACCCAGAGGCUCCUCUCGACAAAGUCUGUGUCCUCAGCUGUGGAAUUUCAACAGGUUUUGGUGCCACUGUUAAUGUUGCUAAACCAAAGAAAGGCCAAACAGUGGCUGUUUUUGGCUUGGGUGCUGUUGGCCUUGCAGCCGCCGAGGGUGCAAGGUUCGCUGGUGCUUCAAGGAUCAUUGGAGUUGAUCUGAACCCCAACAGAUUUGAAGAAGCAAAGAAGUUUGGCUGCACAGAGUUCCUAAACCCAAAGGACUAUGACAGACCUAUUCAGGAGGUGAUUGCUGAAAUGACAAAUGGUGGUGUUGAUAGAAGUGUUGAGUGCACUGGGAAUAUCAAUGCCAUGAUUUCUGCCUUUGAAUGUGUUCAUGAUGGAUGGGGGGUAGCUGUUCUGGUUGGUGUCCCCCACCAAGAAGCAGUAUUCAAGACACACCCCAUCAACUUCUUGAAUGAGAAAACUCUAAAGGGAACUUUCUAUGGUAACUAUAAAACACGUACUGACAUCCCCGGGGUCGUUGAAUUAUACAUGAAGAAGGAGCUUGAGUUGGAGAAGUUCAUCACACACCAUAUUCCAUUUUCUGAAAUCAACAAGGCCUUUGAUCUGAUGCUUAGUGGCCAAGGUAUUCGCUGUGUAAUGACGAUGGAUCAUUAGUCAAGGAAGCAGAUGUUGCAGAACUGAAGAAGAAAGAGAAUCUGGGAAUGCAUCCAUGUUGCUUCGGUGCAGCUCUUGGGGGCACUUGCCGAGUCGACGUUUCUCAUUUUAGUUCUUUUGUAUUGGUCUGUCAGGUCUAGAUGCGGUCCUAUGUUCAUGAUUAGUUUAAAAAGUAAUUUCUGUAACGUUCGUUUUCUUCGUAACAAUAAGCAUUCCUUAAAUUUUCA